AUGCGUGGGCAAGCAUUUAUUGUGUUUAGAGAAAUACAAAGUGCAACAGCAGCUAUGAGAGGACUUAAUGGAUUCAAUUUCUAUGAUAAACCAAUGCACAUAGAAUAUGCAAAAGGUAAAUCAGAUGCUGUUGCAAAACUUGACGGAACAUGGAAAAAGCCAGGGACCAUUUCUUCUACUCAACGUUCACAAACAGUAACAGGUCAAUUAGGUGUAUCACCUGCACAAAAAAGACAACGUGAAGAAGAAGAACCUAAAACACAACAAUCCGAAAUUGAGUCACCUAAUAGAAUUUUAUACAUACAAAAUUUACCACCAGAUGUUACUGAUGAAAUGUUAAGUUUCUUAUUUCAACAAUAUCCUGGUUUCAAAGAAGUACGUCUUGUGCCUGGAAAAUCAGAUAUUGCAUUUCUAGAAUAUGAGGCAGAUCAUCAAGCGGCAGUGGCUAAAGAUGUGUUAAAUGGAUUCAAGAUUACACAUGAUAAAGAAAUGAAG